CGGAAAAUAUAAGAAAAGAGAAAAGAACACCAAACAAUAAAAAGAAAAGGGAAAAAAAAGGGAAAAAAACGAGGGAGAAGGAAGAGGUUACAAUACGACGUGGAAACUUUUUCUUGCCUCCGUUUCCCCAAGUCCUGAAGAGCCGGAAUGGAGCUGGAGAAAACCUACACGACACCCCGAGCCGGCCGCACAGGACAUGGAGGUGUGAAUCAGCUGGGGGGUGUUUUUGUGAACGGCCGCCCUCUCCCAGAUGUUGUUCGCCAAAGGAUCGUGGAGCUCGCCCACCAAGGGGUCCGGCCGUGUGACAUCUCCCGGCAGCUCCGCGUCAGCCAUGGCUGUGUCAGCAAAAUACUUGGCAGGUAUUAUGAAACUGGGAGUAUUAAACCUGGAGUGAUUGGAGGAUCAAAACCAAAGGUCGCCACACCCAAAGUCGUUGAAAAAAUUGCAGAGUACAAACGCCAAAAUCCCACCAUGUUUGCCUGGGAGAUCAGGGACAGGCUCCUUGCUGAACGAGUGUGUGACAACGACACUGUGCCCAGCGUCAGUUCCAUUAACAGGAUCAUACGGACCAAGGUGCAGCAGCCACCCAAUCAGCAGGUCCCAGCCUCCAGUCACAGCAUAGCCUCCACGGGAUCUGUCACCCAGGUGUCUUCUGUCACCACUGACUCUGCUGGCUCCUCCUACUCCAUUAGUGGGAUCCUGGGAAUUGCCUCCCCUGGCACUGAGAGCAACAAGCGCAAGCGGGAUGAAGGUAUUCAGGAAUCUCCAGUACCAAAUGGCCAUUCUCUCCCAAGCAGAGAUUUUCUUCGGAAACAGAUGCGAGGAGACCUUUUCACCCAGCAGCAGCUAGAAGUGUUGGAUCGUGUCUUUGAGAGGCAACAUUAUUCUGACAUUUUCACAACAACUGAGCCGAUCAAACCAGAGCAGUGGUGCUCCAUGCUGAUGAGACAGUGCGUGGUACAACCGCAGGCACUCAUUUUUCAGGCAACUGAAUACUCAGCCAUGGCCUCGCUAGCUGGUGGAUUGGAUGACAUGAAGGCCAAUAUAACCAGCCCUACUUCUGCAGAUUUGGGAGCGAGUGUUCCUGGGCCUCAGUCCUAUCCUAUUGUCACAGGUCGCGAGCUGGCAAGUACAACUCUCCCAGGAUACCCUCCACAUGUCCCUCCUGCCGGACAGGGCAGCUACUCCGCUCCAGCGCUGACAGGAAUGGUGCCUGGGAGCGAGUUUUCUGGGACCCCAUACAGCCACCCACAAUAUUCAACAUACAAUGACUCCUGGAGGUUUCCCAACCCUGGACUGCUGGUUGUGUGUAUGCCCACUCCAUCUCUCCUCAGCAAGAGACCACUGGUGCAGCCUCACUGAUGCCAGCAUGGUCCCUAUGAGCAAUGGGAGACAGAAGCCCUGUAACUCCUGCAGGAUCAUGGCCCUCAUGUGAAGGAUAAACAUAAUCCAUUUUACACCCCUGUCAAAAGCUGGCCCACUUUGACCUUAUAUACAUGUAGCAUGCAGUAAUUAGAAUUUUUCUCUGCAUAAUUUGCAUGGAUGAGGUAAGUAAAAUACCAAUUAAUUGUCAUCUCUCAACACAGGAGUAGCAUGCCUUAGAGAUUUCCAGAUUUAUGGAUGACAGGGCUGUUAUAUGUGACCUCCAGCAGCGAAAUAAUUUUGAAUUUUUGUCGUACUUUUUUCAUCCAGUUUCUUUGUUUUAAGUAAUUGAGUCCCCAUAUAAUUGAGCCACCCAGGCUGUAUUCAUCAUGGUUCUUGUCCUUAAACAAAUCCUUUGGGAGCAAUAGACAGCCUCUGCUUCUCAUGCCAUGGUGCUGGUAUAAUGCUGCUAUUUGCUGUGCCACAUUUAAGGGUUUGUUAGUGCUUCCAUCAUAAAUCAACAGACAGAUCUUCAGCUAAUAUGGAUGGGCAUAGCUGCACAAAGCCAGGGGAGUCCCCGUGUUCAAACCCACUGUUUCCAUGGCCACAGCCAGAGGCGCUGGCAGAUUUUUGGUUGAGCAGCAUGGGGAAGAUGCUUUUGCCAGAGGCGAGAGCACACACCAUGCUUUCUUCAUUUCUCAUUCUGCAACUCCUUUUGAAUCAGGAGAGAUGCUUCAGCAAUACUCUGCAUCAUGGAUAGGCCUGGGAAGCCAGAUUUUGUGUGACUUCUAAAAUUUUCCUUCUAAACUGUUAAAGAAACUGGCAUGAUACUGAAAAUAAAUGACAACCCAGCCCUUACCCUGCCCUUCUGCAUGAAGACAGGGCUUUUGGAGAGGCUCCUGGGCUGUUUACUGUUUAUCCUGCCUAUGGGUAUCCACCUCCAUGAGAAGGGUGUGCACACUAUCCGGAGCCAUUCCAAAGCCAUUCCUGAGCUCUGUGCCACCACACAGGGAUGGGCAGUGGCCCUUUGAUUCUGUCAGCAGCAGGUUGCACCCAUGGCCUGCUCAGCUCUUUAUUUGAGGUUAUGGGCCUGUACUAGCUCUAAGCAUGCUGUCCAGGGUGCUGGGCAAGGUAGGUCCCUGUGAUGACCUGAGGAUGCUGGAGAUGGGUAGGUCUGGGUCAGCAAAAGACUUUAAAGCAGAGGCUGAUCAUGAGACAACCACUUGCUGCCAGAACCUUUUACCUGUGCCAUUCCCUUUUUUCUGCAUUUAUCCUCUUUUUCUCAUUUCCUUUUUGGAUCAUGCAUUUUGGGGGCAAAUUCUGACUCAUCUUCAACAUAUGAGCAGUUGUGGGUAUAACAUGCUCCUCACAGCAAAGCUCGUUUUCAGGCUAGUGAGGAUUUCUUCAGCAAUAUUUACUCAGCAGCAUGCUGUGAACGUGUGUUUAAAUGAGGCAAGGGUAAAAAGAAUCAGAGACGAUCAUAUUUUUUCAGAAACUUCAGCUUUCUUGAGAUUGAAGUGUUUCAUGCUAUAAUGUCAAUGGUGAUUAUUUUUCUUCUUUUUUUUCUGUUGGAAAAUGUUAAAAUAUAUAAUAUUGGCUUCCUUAUUUUUGUCCUCUUCAUUAUACUUUGUUUCAGCAUUAAAAAAAAAAAAAAAGAAAUGGGAAUUUUUAUUCUGCAGCAAGUCCUAAAGAUGAACUUACCAUUUCAGUUCAGUCUGGUCACAGAACUGGGGGGGACUGGAGUUUCCUGGAGAGGGAGUCCCCUUGUCUGACCAAUGGUAGGUCCAAGUAAAGUGGUAUGAUCUGAUCAAGAAUGUGUUUGCAAUCAGCUACAGUCUAUGGGAGAGAUGUCUGUUAUGCCUUGCAGAGAUCCCUCUUAUCCACAGCUCUGCCUUUGUCACUGGAAGCCUGAUCCUGCAAUCCCUUCUCCCUAGUGCCUGCUAAUCCCACUGGUAGUUUAGGUCAAGCAGGAGUCUGUGGCAGAAACUUUAAAACCUGCCCCAAGUCUCCCUGCACACCCAGAAGGUGCUGUGUGAUGAGCCUGGGCACACGCAGUGGAGAAUAGGUUAAUUUGAACUAUAUCCAGGAUGCUUCCACUCCUCUCAGGAGUAUACGUGAGUGCAUUUAGUAAUUCUCUCCUGAGAACAAGCUCUGGCAGUAUCAGGCUCAGAGCAGAAGCCUUGACAAAAUUAAUCAGGACUGGUACAUUGCCUGACACAGUUUGUUUUACAAAGUCCUGCUCCUUUCACUAAGAUGCAAGUGUAAUACUGUAAGCACUUAGCAGCGCCUACAUUCAAUUAAUUCCCUGUACUGGCAAGGAAGAAUUGCAGCACAGCAAUCACAUAAGGCUGAGACCUGUGAAAGAGGAGCUAAAAGGAGAGAUGCCAUGAUUUGCAAGUGGCUGGAGGAAAGGAUACUUGGAUUGAAAAAUUAUAUGUGGGGGAGAGUAAAGAGAGAGAGAUAAGAAUGGUGAGAAAGCUUUGGUUUUUAGUCCCCAGUCUCUGUCCUGUAUGUGUGGAGCAGCAGGGAGGGGUGUGAGGUGGUGUCUUCAGCGGAAGGCAGAACCAUAUUCAUGGCAUGUAGACACUGGGAAUUGGCUGUCUGGCCUCAGCAAAGCACCAGCUACUCACCAUUACCCCACUGUCUGCUCUGCCCUUGGUUCGGUGCUCCUCACUUCUCUGCACCAGGCACCAUGCCUCUUCUGCUCCAGCUGUCCUGAAACCAGUGCAGACAGGGGACUGUGCUCCCUCCUAUCUGGGGCAGUCUCAAAUGCUGUGCCCCACGGCUCUUGGGGAAGAGCAGACAAUCCAGCCAUGGUCCUCCAGAAUGGUCAACAGAAGCAGGGACUGAAGAAGUCAGUUAUCUGCUGCAGCUUUGCAGCAUCUUCAUACUCUUGCAUCCUGCAUCAGCCCUGGUGGCACCCACACCUCUCUCGGUGUCAGAGACAUGACAGACUUGGCUGUGGGGGAUAACUCAGUCCCACCUCGGCUGCAGAAAGAGUGAGGACAGGCCCCAAGUUCCUGGAGGAAUGUGCUGGGAAGAGGACAUAAACCCUGACCACUUGUGUGGUGUGGCUUAGUGGCUGAAGUAGGUGUCUCCAUCUCAAAGGCAGACAAAGAGAUGAGGGAAGGAACAUCUUUUUCCUUUCUUUUUUCACCACAUUGUCCUGCAAAGGAUCUGCAAGCAGCACAGGGCAGGGAUGCACACGGAGGCACAUGCAUGGGCGCACGGGAGGCAAACGUGCAUGUCUUGGGCUGUUACUGUCGGCACAUACUGGUGCACAUAACCAUAGGAUCAGCUCAACACGUGCAUGCUAAGGGCAGAUAACAGCAACACUGUCUAAUGAAGAAAAAUUAGUUUUGUGCUGGCUUGUAGCUUUUGGCUCAGUCCUGCUCACUGUGGGUUCUGUUUAAUGCAGUGUCCCCGCACACACGCAGAUGUGGUCCCUGUGCGCUGCUUGGGAGGGUUUGGCUGCGGUGCCGUGUCUGCCAGUGCUGGCAUGGCAUCAUGCAAGGGCAGGGCUAGGAGCCUCUCAAUUAGGAUUAGAUUCAAUUUCUCUGUGGGAUUCUGUGGAAAGAUUAGAGAACAAGUAGGCACUAGAAAUGACUGUGUCAAGAAAUAAAUUGAUGAUAGUAUGAAUUAGAAAGGAAAAAUGACAGAAGGAUGGACUAGUCUGUUCUGGAUGGGGGCAUGAUGACAGGAAGAGUGAGUGCUUUCAUUUUUCACUUUAAAUACAAGUUUCUUUGAUUGCACAGCUGAAAGGCAAACUGGCAAAAUCUAACUUGAGAGAAAUGUAAGGCCUUUGGAAUGCAUGGGAGAAAUACUGGGCUUUUUGUAGCUGCACUGAGUCAGAACAGCAGUGGAGGAAGAGAGAGUGGGAAAACAAAGGCUCUGACCCAUAGAAGACCCCAUUUACCCCAAAACCUCAGAAAGCACUGCAUCCAGCUCUGGUGGGACCCACACACUGCUCCAUGAGUUAGAGUGAAAUUGUUUGGUGCCUCCUGUGUAUUUUUCACCCCUCUGCCUGAGCUGAGCUGCCGUGGCUAGUGCUAGUGCUGCUGCCAGUGGGGACUGGGAUCUCUGCUGACCACCACCACUGCCUGCUUCACACUGACCUCCUGGUGCUGUGAUGGGUGAGGACAGCAGGUUCACCUGGCUCUUCACUGGCCUGUGAGCUGUUUUAUGUCAAGGUACUGCCUGCCCUGCAGUGCAAAAUGAUCCCCAAGGACAUCCAGGCAGCUGGAUUGGCCAUGAGGGGACAUGGGCCAUCAAACUGGGCACCCGCAAGAGGGCAGCCCCCACAGGGCAUCCCGAAAACCCCAGCUAGACAUGGCAUGCACAUUUCAAAGUCUGGUGAACUGUUAACUUUUGCCUUUACUCAUUGAAGACUGGCCAGUUUGACCAGGGAAGGCUUCUGUGCUUUCCAUGGAUUGAGUUUGGCUGGAAUACUAAGUAUACAGCAUUUAAUUUUGGGCUACCCAUGAGAAUGGUUUUCACUGUCCUUGUGAAGCUUUCCAGUAUUGUCUGGGAAAUAUAGUUCCUGAGGCUGGGGCUUGUUAACCUGAUGUCAGUUACCUGGAAGAAGGCUAUCUGUCCAGCCCAGGAUAGCGGCUGUGGUGCCCUCAGCAGGUAACAAAAGACUACACUUGUGCAAAUGUAAAUGGAAUGAUGACCUGCUGAAGGGUUCUGCUUUACCACCAUUAGCUAUGGCUUAAAAUUUCUUACCUUUUAGUAAGUAAACCUAGGUUGGAUUGGCUCCUGCCUAGGAGUUUGUGUACAGACAUCUUUGCAAAUGCUUGUCCUGGCCAGUGAUUUCAUGCACUCCCUUGUAUUAUUCUUGUGUAUGGUAAAACUAUCUUUCUAGACAGCUAGGACCACACUCCUGAAGAUUGCUUUACCUUGUUUAAACCCAGCCCUUUGCAGUGGGUUUUUCUGAUUUUGGACCAUCCUUAGUCACUAAGGAUGGCACUGAGGACAUCACAGACCCACAUGCUGUGUACAAGCUCCUGUUUUGCCACAGCACUGUGCAGAAGACACAUUCCAGUAGCCAAAGUCCUCUGUUUCUGACCUCUCAGGGUUGCAGCAGCAAAGUACCACAUGCUGUGGUAGAACACUGAUCAUGACAAAGAAGUUUUCUUCUCUGACUGACUGUGCUGAGCAGUGCAUUGCACAUACUGUGCAAUAGCAAAUGCUGCCUGUGCUGUUUUUUUCAUGCAUCAGCUUGUGCUCUCUUGGAAAUGAAAAGCUGGAGGCUCGUGAUGAAGCCUGAGCUGAUCUCCUGAUGUGGCACUCUGGACAAAAGCAGCCUAGAAGGAGCAGCUGGGCUUGCCUGUCAGAUUGAUCCUGUUGGACCCACAGCAGUGAGGUAGCCCCGCAUUUUGCCAAUGGUUAAGAGUGACUUUCCAUGAGCUUUCUCCUAAGAGUCUGGCUCUGUGAUUCUCACUCUGUGCCUGUGAUUUUGAAUGAGCAGCCCUCAAGUAAUCACUCAGGUCAUUUUGGAGUGAACAACAAAGCAUUCAUCUGUAGCUGUACAACAAGAGGAGAUGCCAGGAGGUUCUCCAGCCUCCCAGAGGUAGAGGCUUUUGGUGCAGCACAGAGCGUGUUACCAACAGCACCUGGCAUGCCAGCUGGGUUCUCCUUCCAGCUCCAGAGGGUGUAUAGGGCCAUGGUGGUGGAACAGGUGGGGCACUGCCACGCUCAGGCUAUGCCCAGGGCCUGGGCAACCACUGGACCUGCAGGAACAGGGUUUGCUAGAGUCUGGGAUGGGAAGUGAACUCCUAAUAAUGCACCUUUGGCUUCACUGCCAUUGAUGCUUUCCUAAAGUGUUCACAGUCUCCCCUGAGCUCUGGUGGAAUCACCUUUUCUGGUGGGAUCAGCUCCUGUUCCUUACUGAAGCAGCAAAAGUCACUGCAUCUGCAGCAAAAGUCACAUCCAGGGCUUUGAAGACCCUUGACCAUGUCUGACAGACUGCUGCUUCAUCUGUGUUGAAGGCAGGAAGCUUAAGAUGGAAGGCAGCUCUCAGACAGGGCCUCUCAUGAAAACAAACCCUGCAGCCCUGACUAAUCCAGAACUGUUCCUCACAUUGGCUCUUUGUUGCUCAUCCAAACCUGCCUGGUGGUCUCAGAUGCAUGUGUCUGUGUCCUUCCAAGGGGGUUCUUCCACACUGUGAUAUGCCUUACAUCCCAUUCAUGUGAAACUGGUGACUUGCAGACCAAACUGGUAGCACCUCGAAGGGAGGAAACUCCCUUUUUAGGAUGGAUCAGAGUUGGUUUCAUUGCAGGUGUGCUUGGAAGGUUUCUUAAAACUGAUGCUGGCUGGACAGAUUGGUAUCUCUCUAGAUACAAAUCAAAGACUCUUCCUCAUUCAAGCAAACAGUCCAGGUUCCUGGUGAUCCUUGGGUUAUCAUCCUAUCUACCAGUGCUUAGCCCUGCAGAACAGAAAAUUGCCACCAAUAUUUUUCAGGCCUUUUCUUGGUAAACAAGUGCUUUCAAUGAAAUCUUUUGAAUGCUUUGGCAUUCAACCUUCUCUCCUCCUUUCAAAAGGAGGGAGAAAAAUCAAAGAAAUCAGAGUAUGGUGGUAUGUUGGGGUUGAAAUAUCUUGAUUUUCCAUUCGGAAAAGUAAUUAACUAUUUUUGGUGAAAUAAAUGAUGUUUUGAGUGAAGGAAAGGAAGAAGGUGUCAAACAGCAAGCAGCAAUGCAAAGCAGUGGUAGCCUCCCUCGCAUGCAGAAUGCACGAAUGCAAUUUUUAUUCUAUUUACCAGCCUUUAUUGAAGCUUUGGCUGGAGAGCUCUCUGACACCCAUUGUCAGAACACUGCAAACUGGCACCUUUCCACCUUUGUCUUCCUCACAGUGGUCUCAUC